GAGGCGAGAGGUCGACUAAAGACUUUGUGCUGCACGUUCGCACCUUAACCGUGUUUGUCAUGGCAGCACUGCCGGAGGACCCCGACAUGGCCGCCCCCCCGCCACCACCCCCUCCUCCCAGUGCUCCACCUGUACAGGCUACAGCGGAGGCUCCCAAGUGCCACAAUGGCGGCAGGAACGCUCUGCUGGCUGACAUCCAGAAGGGAGCCCGGCUGAGAAAAGUCACGCAGGUCAAUGACCGAAGUUCUCCGGCCGUGGAAAAGCCCAAGACCGCGAGUGCAGGUGUCUCCAACAACGUCGGGGCCUCUCAGGGUCCAUGUGCAGGUGGGGCCCCCCCGGCACCGUCCCUAGGUGGGCUCUUUGUCGGCGGCUUUCCCACACUCAGGCCCAUAAAGCAACGUGACGUGGUGGCCAAGACUUCAGUGUACCGCUCCAGCUCAUCGGCCUCCCUCAAGCCGCUGUGGACCACGCCCACUUUCGCGGACCGUCCACCCACCGCCUCCUCUUCCGCCCCGCCCUCGCCCACUCACGGCGCCAAGCACCUGGCCCCGCUACCCGCGGCGCCGCCCCCCGCACCCUCUGCUCCUCCGCCACCACCGCCGCCCUUCCCGGACCGCCCGACGAGCAAGCCUCCGCCUCUUCCCUCCUGCCCUCCUCCUCCGCCCCCGUCUCACCCCACCAAGCCCACCUGGCUGCCCAUCCAGCAGCACCAACACUCUGCCCACCUGCAGCCGUCGACUCCGCCCCCGCCUCCACCGUACCACCCUCCGUCUCUACCGGGGGACCGCUCCUCUUGGUGCUUCUACCCUCCACCACCCCUGAUAGUGUGCACUCAAACGGCCCGGUUCCCCAUUCUGCGUGACUACAACCCGCUCGGACCUCCGCCCCCGCCGCCACCUCUACCUGCUUCUUACACCCCCAGCUGCCUGGCCACUCAGCCGCCGCCCCCGCCCAAGAUCCCCGCUGUCCCGUCCACGGCACUGCGCUUCCCGCCGGCGUCGUACCCCUGCCACGCCCCGACCCGACGGCCGCCCGCCGUGCCGAGAAGCGCAGCUGCCAGUCGCCUGGCUCCUCCCCCGGUCCCUCCAGCACGCUCCUCGUCCACUGAGCUGUCCGCCCGCAUUCCUCCCCCUCCCCUUCCCCCUCCGCCGCCACCCCUACCCCCGUCAAGUGUCAGGAACGGACACCUGCACAGUCUGGAUGACUUUGAGUCCAAGUUCCAGUUCCACCCCGUAGAAGAUCUACCUCCUCCCGAUGAAUUCAAGCCUUUUCCUCGCAUCUACCCCAGCAAAGAAACCCCAGUUAACUCCGCCCACCACGGGAUCAGGCCACACCUCAGAUGAGCCUCACCACCCACGCAAGUUCACAUUGCAAAGACAAUAGCAAGAUUCAGAGAGGAAUGUUUUGAAUUUGUGAGAGAGGAGGACUCACCCUACUCAGCCACUACAUAUAUAUAUAUAUAUAUAUAUAUAUAUAUAUAUAUAUAUAUAUAUAUAUAUA